GAGCCGCGGCGCAAUGGACCGGGGCGCGCGUGCGGCGGCUCUGCGUGCCCAGGACCGGGCCCCGCCGCCGCCGCCGCCGCCGCCGCCGCCGCCGCCCGCGGGCUCCGAGGAAGAGAUCGUCUACGAGUGCCUGGACUACAUCUACCUGCGCGACUACCCGGCCUGCGGGGCCGGGCGCAGCAAGGGCCGCACGCGGCGUGAGCAGCAGCUGCGCACAAACCGGCCGGUGCCGGGCGGCCACGAGCGAAAGAUCGCGCAGAAGCUGAUGGAUGGGCAGCGCCGGCGGCGCCAGCGCCAGCUGCAGCCCCGGCCGCGCUCCCGCCUCUCCUGAGCCCGGAUACAUGAAGGACCUGAUAAAAAGUAUUUUCACUGACUCCAACUGUAACUGUGCCACCAUGUUGCCCAACAGAACUGUUCCACGUUGCUUAAGCUUACUGCUUCAGUCUUUUCUUUACUGAUUGUUAAAUAAGAAGUAAGUUACAUCCCAAAUGUGUAUGCCUGUUUAGGGGUUUUAAUUAAAAGAGAACAGCAAGAAUGACAUUUUAACUCUGA